AUGCACCCGACACUCAACCUCCUAAAGCAACAACUCAGGGUACAGCAUGUACGUCGUGGAAUGUUGGGUGGUAUUCGCGCGAAAUUUGCUUAUCCCAUACGCGAGCCAGAACAAAAGCUUCCGGUGAUCAAAGAGAAAAAACCAAAGAAGGUUCGCGAGAAACCACCUUACAUGGAACAACGAACCUACAAGCAAGCAAACAAAGGUCUCUAUGCUGGUGCGCAUAUCCAAUUCGGUAAUCAAAUUUCCGAGUUCGGUAACAAAUCUCGACGCACAUGGAAACCGAAUGUGCAUCCUGUAAAAUUGUAUUCGGAGGCAUUAGAUAGACGACUUGAGAUCAGGUGUACGCCUCGAGUAUUGAAAACCAUCGAUCAAAAAGGUGGAUUGGACAAAUAUUUGUUGGGAAUAAGAGAUAACGAGUUGGGUAAGAAAAUGUAUUAUUUAAAGUAUGCCAUUAAUAAUAUAAUUGAAGGGAAGGGUAAUGAAGUCCCAUCACGAGAGGAUAAAUUAUUGGAAUCUGGAAAGAGGUUAUUGGAAUCUAAAAAGAGGUUGUCAUUGGAAUCCGAAAAAAAGUUGUCAUUGGAGGGUGGGCCGAAGCAAAAGAACGAUGGAAAUAAAGAAUGA